AUGUCUACCACAAGGGAUCAAGAGUCAUCCGAAGAGGGCCAAGACUGCCUAGCAGAUUCAGAAAUAGAGUGGGUAGGGGCAGCUGGAGAAGGUGGUGGGAUAGACUGUGAGCCCAGUCUAGAUGGGGUCUGUGUAGAAUCUACUGCUGAGGAAGUGAAGGUCCUUGGUCCCAGAGAGGUGGAAGUUGUUGGGCCCGAAGGAAACCCUGAGGCAGAGGAUGAGCGGACAGAGGGUUAUGAUACUGAAGGGGACUCAGACAUCGAGCCUGUUGAGAAUGAGGAGGAAGAUGUGGAAGAUCAAGGCAUGUUGGAUGCCUAUCGGUUUCCAAUGGCUGAAUUCCGGUUCAUGUUUCUGGAUCUGGCCUACACCACUCUCAGUCGCAUGAACUACAGCAACCACAUCCUGAUUCGGCCCUUCGGUGAUGACGAAGUGAUCGAGCCACCAGACACUCCACCUGCCCUCUCAGGUGAGGUUCAGGUACCACAGGGGCCCACCAGGUCAACAGUGAGGGUUGCAGCCUAUGAGUCUGAGAGCCUAAACCACCCAGAGGUUAUUUCCACAUUUCCCGAGCUGGGGGAGCCACCAGACCUGGACGAAGAACCUGACCAUUGCCUGAUGGAGCCAGCAUCUAGAACAAUGGACGCACCCACAGAAGAGACUGCAGGAGAGAUACCAGCUGCAGGAGGGCCAGCAGGAGACAUAAAACAAGUCUCAAAGGAUGAUAAAAUCCCUGAAGAUGAGGAAGAGGAAGGAAGAGAAGAAAAGGAGAAUAAAAACCAAGAAGAACCUGAUGAAAAGGGUUCAGACCCAGGACACUGCAGCCCCAGCAAAUCCAGUUAA